CAAAUUGCGCGGAAACGCAUCCUUCACGCUUUCGAUUUCAAGUGGGAGACGACCAACAGAGUUUAAAUCGGUUAUUUGACAGCAGAGUCACCUCUUGUUAAAACGUUGUCACGGUUUUUUUUGACGCCGUUGAACGCAACCCCUCCAGGUGUCACGUUUCAGAAGGUGACAAUAGAGAAUAAUUGAGCGGCCGACGCUUUAACAAUACAAAAGCCUUGGUGGAGGCAGCAGAUGCGUGGACGAGACCCCGAUCUACACAAAGACAAUCAUGGCAGUGGAUGUCCCUGGACUGGUGGCGGUGGUGUUUUUUUACAUUGUCAUCCUGGUAAUUGGGAUUUGGGCAUCUCGAAAGUCAAGGCAAGUGGAGAAAACAUGUGCCGGCAGCAAGAGCGAAGUAACCAUGGUGGGUGGCCGCAACAUCAACGUCCUGGUCGGGGUUUUCACCAUGACAGCCACAUGGGUUGGUGGAGGUUACAUUAUGGGAACUGCUGAGGCUGUUUAUUCUCCUACUCAAGGUCUCAUCUGGGCAUUGGGGCCUCCAGCGUAUCUUAUCAAUUUUGUCCUGGGUGGAUUGUUUUUUGCAAAACCAAUGAGGUCGAAGAGCUAUGUCACCAUGUUGGACCCAUUUCAACAUCGCUAUGGCAACAUAUUCACUGCAACACUGCUGCUUCCUGCUUUGGUCAGUGAUAUUUUGUGGGUGGCCUGCAUCCUUGCUGCUCUGGGUGGAACUAUGAGCAUAAUUCUUGGGCUGUCGCCUGCCCUCUCCAUCAUCCUCUCAGCAGCAGUCUCUAUCAUCUACACAUUUUUAGGGGGGCUCUACUCGGUUGCAUACACGGACAUCAUCCAGCUUUGCUUUGUCUUUGUCAGCCUGUGGCUCUGUAUUCCGUUUUUGCUGCUAAGUCCGGCAGUGACAGACAUCUCACAAAGCCAAGCCCACUUCAACCAGUCAAAUGGACAAUCGUGGUUAGGAGAGCUGGAGCUGGCCGAUGCAGGAAAAUGGGCGGAUGAGUUGCUUUUAUUGGCUUUGGGGGGACUGGCCUAUCAGGCGUUUUACCAGAGGAUCCUCUCUGCGUCAUCCUCAGCUCAGGCUCAGGUCACCUGUUUUGUUGCUGCAGGGACGGCUUUUAUCAUGGGAAUCCCCUCUGUUGUCAUUGGAGCGGUGGCUGCUUCUGCAGACUGGAACCAGACAGCGUAUGGUCUACCCCCUCCCUUUGAACGAGGGGAGGCAGGGAAGAUCUUGCCACUGGCCCUGCAAAACCUCACACCCGGCUGGUUGUCAGUGUUAGGCAUUGGUUCUGUGGCUGCAGCAGUCAUGUCCUCCAUGGACUCUGUGCUGCUGUCCUCAGCAUCUAUGUUUACGCAAAACAUAUACAAGACGACUUUGAGGAAGCAGGCAUCGGAGUUGGAGCUGCAGCGGGUGAUCCGUGUUAGUGUGCUGCUGGUGGGCCUGGCAGGAACAGGCCUAGCCUUCGGUGACGACAGCGUGUUCGCCUUGUGGCUGCUGAGCGGAGACCUCCUGUACUGUAUGGUCCUCCCGCAGCUCAUUUGCGUACUGCACGUCAGCUACGCUAACAUCUACGGGGCUAUCAGUGGUUAUAUAGUGGGACUGCUGCUGCGUGGGCUGAGCGGGGAGCCAGUGCUUGGGAUCCCUCCUCUCAUCCUGUACCCCGACUGGAGAGAGGAGGAUGGUGUUAUCACACAGUACUUCCCCUACAGGACUCUGGCCAUGGUCUCCUCUUUGAUAUGUAUUAUUACAGUGUCCUGGCUGGUAAGGCUGGCCUUCUGUCGCCAGUAUAUCCCUCGGUCCUGGGAUAUACUGAGGGUGUUUGAGGAGGAUAAAGAGGCAGAGAUGGGCAAGGUCCCUGUUCCUUUGGAGGAAAAGAACAUUAUCCUUAAUACAAAACUAUAGUGUUAAUUUAAGUACAACCUCAGCCAAAGUAUACACAAACUCCUUUUUAUGCAAAUUCCUGCCAUCCUCCUUCUCUGCACAGACUAUUUACACGCACUCCUACUUGUACUGUAUUCUCCACACAUUAAUACUGAAUUAUACACUUUAUAUGCACCAAUCACUGACCAGCAGUAUGUCAAGAGGUAUUCAAGUUGGAAGUUGAUGCACAGUGGUUGUACCUCUUUCUAACAGAACAGGAUUAAGACCACCUUAAAAAACCUCAAAUUCUGAUCUUGAUGUCAGAAUUCAAUUUUCCACUAAGUCCUUAACCUAUUAACCCUUUCCUCCUAAAUCUCCAAUCAUGGUUAACACAAACAUUUUCAGUGUUUCUUUAUGUAGUCGAUCCACUCAGACCUUUUCAGUACCUUAAGCUCAACCCACUUGGAUGUUAUUUAAUUGUGUAAUCAUUAACCAUUGUCGUACUUUCUUAAGAAGCACCUUUGCCUCUCUGCAUAUAUUAAGCACUGAGGGGACGGAGCAAUGCGAGUCUUGGGACUCUGAGGAAGCAUUUUCCUGUCAACGAAAAGCUGACAGUUAAAAGUGUUUACCAUUAUUUUAUUAUGUUUUAACGGUAACAUUGGUGAAGGUCAAUCAAGAUAUAGAUUUACUAGAGUAACUAUUUUUUGUUGUUUUGUGAUUGCGAGUGUUCAUAAAAAAAUGAAACAAA